CCCCGGGGCCGGGCACCGCCGCGGGGACGGGAGGAGCCGCCGCCGCUGAGCUCCCCGGCCCGGCUCUGGGGGAGCGGGCGGCGCCUGCGGAGCUGGGCCAUGAGGUGAGGUGAGGGGCGGGGGACCGCGGCGGGGGCAGCAGGUUUCCUUUGCCUGAUCUGUAAACAUGUCCACAGACCUGCUAUGGUGUGAAGAUUGUGGCAAAAGCCUUAUAGGAGAAUGCAAACUCCACGGACCACUCAUCAGGGCUAAAGAUAGGGUUAUUCCUAGCCGAGCCCGUCUCACCCUACCUCAUUACCUCACUUUGCGAGUGUUGGAGCUGCGAGCUGGAAACCAGCAGAUCCUUGGAGUAUUUGCAAAGAAAGUAAUACAGAAGAGAACACAAUUUGGUCCUUAUGUUGGUCAACUGUCUACAAAACUGACCUGCUAUGAUGAGAGCAGGCUAGUCCUGCAGGUAUUGAAAGAUGGAGGGAAGUACUUUCUGGACACUCCCAAUGAAGACUGUGGAAACUGGAUGAUGUUUGUCCGACUAGCCCGGAACCAAGAAGAGCAGACCCUUGUGGCUCACCAGCACUGUGGAGAAGUCUACUUCACAACUGUUAAGCCAAUUGAACCACACACAGAAUUGAAAGUAUGGUAUGCUGCCGAUUAUGCCAAAUUUAUGGAAGCUUCUGCAGUCUUCAUUAAAGAAGAAUCUGAUGUCUGUCCUUUGUCUCCAGUAGCAAAAGAGCCUGUAGACCCUUGGAUAUGCUCCAGCUGUGGAAGCACUUUUGCAACUUUUGCUCUGCUGGAAUCUCAUCAGUGCAUCCAUAAAGACCGAGUGCUUACCACCAGAUUCAGACCACCAAAUAAACUGGGACCUGUAAAAGCAAAAAGCAAACUCAAAGGGAAACUGAGAGGAGCAGCUUUAGGCAAAAGCAUUGCUCCGUGCUUUGGGACCAUUUCCUGUUCCUCUGCUACAAAGCUUAGCUGUGCCAGCUCAGGCAGCACUUGUGAUGCUCUUGUGAGGUUCAUACCUAAAUGGAGAAAUGGCCGGUCUUCACUGCUGAAGGGAAGAGAAGUGAAGCAGACAGACAGUUACCCUUGCCGACUCUGUGGGAAGAUAUUUGAUGCCAUUGACAAGCUCACGGUCCACACUUACGCCCACAAAGGGGAGCGCCCCUACAAGUGUUCACAGCACGGAUGCACAAAAGCCUUCAUUUCUAAAUAUAAGCUGCUCAGGCACUCAGCCACUCAUUCUCCACAGAAAUCUCACCAGUGUGGCUACUGUGAAAAGACCUUUCACAGGAAAGACCAUCUAAAGAAUCACCUUCAGACUCAUGACCCUAACAAGAUGGCCUUCAAGUGUGAAGAGUGUGGCAAGAAGUACAACACCAAGCUAGGCUAUAAGAGACACUUGGCUCUUCAUGCAGCCACCAGUGGGGACCUUACCUGUAGGGUAUGUUCCCAGGAGUUUGGUGGUACUGAAGUUUUGUUGGAACACCUCAAAAGCCAUGCAGGGAAACCAACUGGCAACACGAAGGAAAAGAAACAUAAGUGUGACCACUGUGAGCGUCACUUCUAUACCCGUAAAGAUGUGCGGCGUCACAUGGUAGUUCACACAGGCUGCAAAGACUUUCUGUGCCAGUUUUGUGCCCAAAGGUUUGGGCGGAAGGACCACUUGACUCGCCAUACUAGGAAGACUCAUCCACAAGAACUGCUGAAGAACAGGUUGCAGAACGGUGACUCGGUGGGUCUCCCUGACCAGCUUUUUCCAUUCAGAGUGAAGGAAGAUGCUAGCAUACUGUCCCCUUUUCCUGAAAGGGUGUCUGGGCAGAAUGGGAUUUUGGAUAGUUCCGAAUCAGAGGAAUACAACCAUUCACAUCUUCAGUCCCAGCCAAGCUUACAAACUGCUCUUACUCUUGAAUCUUCUCCUCAUUUGCAAAGGAUGGGCUGUGCAGACAGCCUUCCAGCUGUCCACCCCACACCGUGCUCAGCAGCUGUUCCUGCCAACCUGAACCUUCAUCAGCCUAAUAAAUAUGACCUUAAUUCUACCUCAUUUGCAGCAGGAUCCGUCAAGAAUCUACCAAUAAAAGUGGAUGUUAAAGGUUACAAUGUGCAGCUUCUUGAGGACCUGCUAUUAUCAGAACCUCAAUCGCUCCAUAAAAUCAGUCUGGAAGAAGCUUCCUCAGGGCCUGUCGGGGAUACUAACAAGUACCCAGUGCAUAAGGAGACAGAGGCAGCAGCUGAAACUACAAGCCUGCCUUUCAUGGAUCUCACUCACGUGAUGAGUUUCUGGCAGCUCCCACCAGGUGACAACCAGAACACUACUGGGGACAUCACAAUGGCAUUUGGUCCAGAGGAACCAUCACACAGGCUGAAUGGCGUUGGCCAACAGCAAAGUCUUCAGGUAGCAACUGGUGGGAUGGCCAUAAGCCAGCUGCAUCAUCUUCCUCGCUCCUUUCCAUCCACUACAAAUUCUGUAACGUUGCCUCAUUUUCACCAUGCCUUCAAAUAACUAUCACUGUGUUUGGUUUUUUUUUGUUUUUUUUUGUUUUUUUUUUUCCCCUUCUUUUUUUUAAGACUGUGCUUCUUUCUUAAAUCUGUUAGGGUGGGGUGGUUUUGGUUUGGUUUGGGUUUUAAGAAAAACUGCCCCAAAUGUUUUCAAAGCACAUUAUGGACAUGAUAGUUAAUUUCAGGAUGUUAAUAAAGAAGAAGCUCUAUUUUUCAUACUACUAUUAGUUUUUUAGCAUACAACAAUAGUAGAACUCACAUAUUUCCCUCAACACCCUCUAUAUUUUUGUUUCUUACCUUUCACGCAAACAACUGAAUAAAUAUCUUCAAUGAUAGCAAAGCAUCAUAACAGACACAAUAAAACUAUGGCUGCUGAGGUAGGAGAAAUAGGGUUAGGGUGAAUGGAAAGAAGAGGGGAAUCACAAAAAUAAUUUUAAUGAGCCGUAAAUCACAGCAAAUUUAUACACGUGGCAAAUAUAACAAACGAUUUAUCAACAUCACAUAGAUUUCUGUUAAGCAUUUAAUUACUGAACUUUAUGAAUCUUUAAUUUAAAUCAGAAUCAUUCCAAGAGUAAACCUUACCUCCUUGUUUCACUUUGAAAUGAAGGUCACUAUUGUGAUUACAUAUAGCUAGAUUUUGGGUUUUGAAGCACACUUCAGCUGCGUGCAUCUCCUGAGUGAUUUUCCUAGGGCUGGAAAUAACUGCCACUUCUGCAUGACUGUGUAAAAACUGAUGUAUAGGUGAAGUUUUCAGGAUGGGAAGUGAAUUGUCUCAAAGGUUAGAACAAAACAUUGAUUUUCACUUAGAGCUGGAUCUGGCAAGAUAUCAGACACUGGUCUCUCCAGUAAAGCAUUUAAGCAUUUGCUUAAAUAUAAGCAUAUGUUAUUGCAUUGGGUCAACAGCCUGAUUUAGCACUUAAUAAAAAAAUAAUGCUUCCUACCUAGGGGGCCUUUAUUCACCCUUUGUUGAUAAAAAUAGCCUUUGCUUAAUUUGGAAAAUUAUUAAUUGUAGCCAUCUGAAAUGUGGAUUCCCUCACAGAAAGCCAACCCUGGCCCAGGGGAGCCCACAACCACGCAGGACCUCUGUGGGGGCAGGUCCAUGCAGAGAAGAGUUGUGGUGAGCUGAAUCUGAGUAAAUUCUCAAACGCUAAGAGCUACUCUUCCAUUAAAUCCAAAGAGAGAUAAUAGUACCAUAUGAUUGUUACAAAUACAGUGUAAAUCAAGCGUGCUCUCUUCUCCCUUGUUAAUCACAGGAAUAUUUCCAGCUUCAAGUAAAAAAAUUAAAUGAUUGCUGUUAUGCUGUUAAUGAAUUACAAUAACAUAGUACAACUACAAUGAUCUGCAUAUUCUUACAAGUUUAUCAGUACUUGGAUUAAGGAAAGGUUGUAUUACUGCAGUUCAUGCGAGAAUACAUUCUUCAGAUAAACUGUUGAGGGGUAUUUUUGUUACAAAAAUAUUUGGCAUAAGGCAAACCAGAAGGAAAUGAUUUAAGAUCAUUCUUGUAAUGACAACAGGCAGGAGGAAGAGCAGGUGCUGCAGAGUCAUGCCCAGUUAGCAGUUAUUUAAAUUGAGUUCCAGAAUAGGGAAAAGGUUGCAAACAAUGUUACAUGCACAUUCUACAGCUUGACUCGUAUUUUCAUCUGGACUUGGAACAGUGUGUGUAUAUUCAGUUACUGCAUUGUUUUUCUUGUUCAUACAAAUUGUAUUCACUUGGCUUCAUCUGAGCUUAUGUACUUGUAAAAAAAAAAUACAAAUUUUGUAGCACCGCCUGAUCACUGUUAAUAGACAUUUUGUCAUUUUGGUUUGUGCUUCUGCAAGAGGUGCAACUAAUUACUGAAGUGCUUGUCUUUGAAUUAAAACAUGAUGUUAAGAAGAAAAUGUUACACAAA